AUGCGUAACGCUGCGGUGGAAGUUAUUCGUAAGCACGGAAAGGAUAUUAUGCCUGAACUGCUGCCAUUUUUGGAAAAUCUUUCUGAUGCUACUCCAAGUGGAGGCGAGCACGAUAAUCUACGUCAAGGGCUUGUUGUACUACUUGGAACCUUGGCUCAAUAUCUAGAUCCAUCUUCGGAUAAGGUGCGAGCCAUCGUUGCACGUCUCAUGGAAGCACUGUCGACUCCCAGCCAAGCGGUUCAAGAAUCAGUUUCGCGUUGUUUGUCACCGCUUGUUCCUGCUAUCAAGGAUACGGUGAAAUCGUUGGUACAGAAACUGCAAUGGCUGUUGUUCGAAGCUGAAUCUUAUGGUGAACGAAGAGGAGCUGCUUAUGGUAUCGGUGGAAUUGUCAAAGGCCUGGGGGUGGCUUCACUCAAGGAAUUAGAACUACUGCCAGCGAUUCACAAAGCGCUUCUCGAGAAGAAGAACGUUAAGCACCGCGAGGGUGGACUGUUAGCACUAGAGAUCCUGUGUAGUACCGUUGGAAAGCUGUUUGAACCCUACAUGAUCCAGACAUUGCCUUCUCUUCUGCUUUGUUUUGGGGAUAGUGAUGAGAACGUUAGAAAGGCAGCUGAGGAUACCGCUGUAGCAAUGAUGUCAUCAAUGUCUCCGCAUGGAACAAAACUUGUGUUACCUUCGUUGCUUACAGCGUUAGAUGAUGAGUCUUGGCGAACAAAGUGUGCGGCGGCUGAACUACUUGGUUCGAUGGCCUUUUGUGCACCGAGGCAGUUGUCGGCGUGCUUACCGAACAUCGUCCCCAAGCUCAUCGAAGUUUUGGCUGAUUCAUCAUCCAAGGUUCAACGAAGUGGUGAAAAGGCACUGAGGCAAAUCGCUAGUGUCAUCAGAAAUCCGGAAAUCUUGGGAGUUAGCAAUCAGUUGAUGUCCGGACUUCUUGAUCCUGCAAGCAAAACUAAUUAUGCCUUACAGGCUGUACUCAACACUAAAUUCAUUCACUACAUCGAUGCACCUUCCCUAGCUCUUAUAAUGCCGAUAGUACGACGAGCAUUCGAAGACAGGAAUAGUGAAACUAGAAAGGUUGCGGCGCAAAUCAUAGCGAGCAUAUAUUCAUUGACUGAGAAUAAGGACAUGGAACCGUACCUGUGUGAUCUGGUACCUGGAUUGCAAAAGUCACUUUUGGAUCCAGUGCCUGAGAUUCGUACAGUCGCUGCUCGA